CAUAAUUGUCAAGUCAGGCGACAGCUGAAAAGUCUGAAGUCUAUUUCCUGAAAUUGGUUCAUUCAAUUAUUUAUUAAAAUUUUAACAAAAUUAAUAAUGUCGGAUAACAAAGAUGCAGCUAAUAAGGAAGUCGACCCAGAGUUAGAUGAUCUCUUGGAUAGUGCUCUCCAAGACAUGACAAAGAAGGAUGUGAAGAAAGAAGAACCUAGUGGGGAAGGUUCUGGAGAAAUUCCACAGAACAUGUGGAGUGAGGACUUCAUUAAAGAGGCAGCGGCACAGUUUGAGAGCAAUAUGGCAGCCAUUUUGGGAAAUUUUAGUGGAGUACCAGAGGACCAAAUUACACAGGAACAAAUUGCACAAACCUUCACUAAAAUGGCUGAAGCCGCAGCUCAAGUCCUGAAACCGGCGAAUGCUGAAGGCGAAUCAGCCUCUACUGAAGAACCUGCAAUUCAGGGCAAAAUUGAUGAGGUAUCGGCAGCGAUAUCUCAGACAUUGCAAAAUUUAAAUACAAAUUCGGAAAAUCUUCAGACGCCUUUCUCUGAACAAGAUUUUGCAAAUAUGUUUAGUAACUUCAACUUGGGAGAAGGUGAACAGGAUGGGAAUAAUAUGUUUGUUCCAUUCAUGCAAGGCAUGAUGCAGUCAUUACUCUCAAAGGAAGUUUUAUAUCCUUCCUUGAAGGAGCUAGUAGACAAGUAUCCAACAUGGCUGGCUGAAAACAAGGGGAAGAUUGAUCAGGCUGAGUAUGAAAGGUUUGAAAAACAGCAGCGUCUAAUGCAGCAGGUCUGUGCGGAAUUAGAACCGGAACAAGAAUCAGAUCCUGACGACGUCAAGAGGAAGCGGUUUGAGAAGGUCCUAGAUCUCAUGCAAAAGAUGCAAGAUUUAGGCCAACCGCCCACAGAGCUUGUUGGCGAUAUUGGGGUGCCCCCCGCGGGAUUCGCUGCCCCCGUCGGCCAAGACCCGAGUCAGUGUAACCUCAUGUAGUUCCUACUUAUGACGUAAUUUCGACGCAUUUCGACAACGCGUUAUAGACUAUGGUGCUUAGUGAAUAUGUUACCAUAAUAUUAUCAUAUUAUUGUGGGGGUUUGUAUGCCGUACAUUGGGUAAGGUAUGCUUUUUAUAGUCAUAUUGACGGAAGCAAGAGUUUUAGAUUUUGUUUUCAAUGUGUUUAUAGAUGGGUACAGCAGAGCAGAACGACAGUUUCAUUUAGUACAUCCAUUAAAUUUAUAUUAAAAAUGUAUUGAUAAUUUUAGGGAAUGAAAUAUAAGGUAUUAAUAUACUUGGAAAUGUCAUUAUCACGAGAAAAUUCAGAAUUGUCUUAAAGAAAAGUCGAUAGUGUCCAUAAUUGUGUAUAUAUGAAAGAAAUUAUGAAAUUUUGGAUGUAAACGAUGUAAGUGUAGAGCUGCUGGCAUUUAGUUCUCUUUUUGUAUUACGACAAUGUAAGAAAUGUAAUGAGAUGAUGGAUUAAAACCACCUAUUAAAUAUGGAAUUUAUUAUAUCAUUUAAAAAUUUGCAAUUUGCUCAGGAUCCAUAUGUAACCUAGGUAUCUAAUAGGAAAGGUUUUACGUCCUAUAUAUAGUAUAUUCUAUUGUUAGAAAAAAAGACCUAAAUAAUCCUAAUUAAAAAUCCUGUUUUUCUGUUCUGUGGUACAUGUAUAUAGAAAUACCAUUAAAGUAUAUAUUUGAAAAGUAAUCUAAAAAAUUGACUUUCAGUUAACAAUAUGUUUAGGUAUUGUAAAUAACACUUGGCAAUUAUUAAUUAACUAUAUUGAGAAUGUUUCAGCAAAAUAUGGUUCAUAUAUAUAAAUUUUUAUGCCUGUAUUAAAAUUAGUUCUACCUGAUUAAACAUCACAUAGUAGUAUAAUUAAAAAAAAAUACUCUUUAAUUAUACCACAUCACAAUUUUAUUUUUUAUAUAAUGGUAGAUGACUAGUGACUGAAAAGUUAGCAAAUAAUUGAACAAAUAAAUUGUGUUUAAAAAUACAAAAACGAAAAGUAAUGUGAAAUUGGGCAUGUUUUGGUUUGUAUUGCACCACUGCAUUUCUUGUAUUUUAUAACUUGUCUACCUUGAUGUCUGUUUAUUUGCAAUAAUAGAGCUUAAAUAUUACAUGCCUAUGUCUUAGUCAUAACAUAGUAAUUAGUAAUACGUAUAAUACUUGUUUGUCUAAGCGUAAUACUAAUUAAUUUGUUAGAUAGUAUGCAAUUUAUCAUCGUAACCAUUUGUCACUCUUACCAUAAAUAUAUAACUAUAUGUUUUAUGACUGUAACAUAUUAAAAACUGUCAUAAUAUUACAUUUUCUGUUACAAAAUCAUAAUGGGAACUUGCUUUUCAAUCCUAUUACUCUUAUCUCUUAGUUACUUAGAUCUUUUAUUUCCUUUAAUUUAAAGAAUGAAGAAAUUUAUAAUUCGUCAAAGAUUUAAAAUUUGCACAAUAAAUGGCAAUGUGUAUUAAAAAAGUUUUCAUGCUUGGAGAUCACCUGCAUGGUGACACUGUGGAACAGUGCCAAAGAUGUUUAAACUAUCACAAAUAUUUGUUUAAAUACAUAUAAGUGAGACUACCGCUUCAUAAAAUCGGUUGUUGAGGUAAGUACGGGAUUCGGAAGCAAAUAACAGUGUUGCCAUACCCUUCCUAACCCGUACACUUCUGAAAAUCUGUUAACCCCAUAACGUCUAUUGUACGAUAGAGAUGGCGCUAGUGCGUUAAUAUAUACACAUUUAUAUACUUUGUGAAUUCGCCAAAAUUUAUCCUUCUGCUCUUCAAGUAAGUGGUAUGGUUUUUCUAAUUUAACUUAUAAGGGAAGGUCACUGUACUGAAUUCUAAAAUAAAUAUUAUUUUGUAAAUUUACGAUAGUAGUUGUACACCAUAUUUUGUAUCGGAAAAGUACUAAUACUUUGAUGGGCCCAUAACUAAUUAUGGAUCCUUUGUCUUUAGAGUUUGAUCAAAAUCAACGCAUGUGCAAAUUUUCAAUAUUUUUUUUUCUUAAUUAAAAAAUUCAAACUUAUAAUGUCCCCUCUUUUGCAAUUGAUUUCUUAUGUGACUAGUAUUUUUUAAUAAAAUUCGAGGAACUCGUUUAUUUUACUUUUAAUUAUUAUGAGAGUUAAAGGAAACUUUUGUGUAAAUUAUGUUAUUUUUUUUAAUGAGUGAAAAUGGAAUGGUAGCCUUACGUGCACUAUAUUCUGCUACGCUGGCGAGGCACCAGUGAAGGUUGGUAAGAGAUAAAAGCAGGUCAGUGAGCUCAUCAUUCGAAUUUAAAAAUUAAUCACAAUGGUUUCCAGAGGGAACCAUGUGUGGAGAGGAAACCAAUAGGAUAUUUUUAGGGUAAUUGCCAGCAUUAGGACUGUUAGGCUCCCGCCCGUAAAUUACAUACUGACCUGAAUGUCCUUCGAUGUUGGUUAUCAUUUUUUAUCGGUGUGAAGUAUAAAUAUUGUAUUGAUUUUUCAUAUCAUUGGGUUAUAUGGGGAUCAAGCAUUUGGUGUAAUUGUUUUUUUUUUUUUUUAAUUUAUUCUUUAAUAUGUAUAAUAUCGUCAAAAAUGAAUUGAUUAAUACAUUUAACUGUAUUAACUCAUUAGCGCCAUCUGUUUCUUAUAACAGUCUCAAGCGGUAGCUCUCAAUCGGCUAGUUGGCACAAAAUUUGACAUGUUGUUAAUUUGUAUAUUAUCAUAAUUUUAUUAUUAAUUUGUAUUUAAUAUUAUUUUAAAACUGUUUAGUUCAUUGUUUAAUAAAAAGAAACGUUUA